AUGUGCCUAAAAACAUCCACAAAUAAACAUUUCCUUUUUCAUAAGAACUUCCGUCUGAAUGGGGAUCUUUAUGAUGCAGUGAAUGUUGCAGAAGAUGAUGAGUGGAGGAGAAUUCGGAACCAUGUCACUCCUUCCUUCGCCUCUGGACGUAUAAAAGAGAUGUUCAACAUAAUGCAACAUCAUUCCAACAAACUGAUCCUGAGCUUGCAAUCUAAGGUGGACAACAAUGAAGUUAUUACCAUUAAGGACAUAUUCGGACCCUACAGCAUGGAUGUGAUGACAAGCUGUGUAUUCAGUGUGGACCUGGACUCGAUCAAUGACCCUUCAAACCCCUUCAUUACCCAUGCCACAAAGCUUUUCAGAUUUUCUGUGCCUCUGUUCUUGUUUCAAGGGUGUUUUCCAGUCUUUAUUCCUCUUUUGAAUCUCCUUGGAGUUUCUUUAUUCCCCAAGUCCUCUACUACUUUCUUUAGAGCUGUUGUGGAGAAAAUCAGGGCAGAACGGAGUGAGAGCUCAAGAAAGAGUAUGACAGAUGUUCUCCAGUACUUCCUGAACUAUCAAACAAACAAAGUCAGUAAAGAAAGAGAGACUUGGGGUCUCAACGACCAUGAGAUCCUUUCUCAACUCACAAUGCUGCUAUUUGCUGGUUAUGAAACCAGUGCCACCACUCUUGUUUUCUUAGCAUACACUUUGGCAAGGAAUCCUGAAGUCAUGAAACAACUGCAACAGGAGAUAGACUUAACUUUUCCAAAUAAGGGUCUGGUCCAGUAUGACAGUCUGAUGCAGAUGGAGUACCUCAGCAGCGUAGUGGAUGAGUGUUUAAGGCUCUACCCCCCUGCUGCACGUAUAGAGCGAAUGACUAAGGAAACUGUCAGGAUCAAAGGAAUCACAAUACCAAAGAACAUGAUUGUUCAGGUUCCAGUCUAUGCCCUGCACCGCGACCCAGACCUGUGGCCUGAUCCAGAAGAGUUUAAACCUGACAGAUUUAGUAAGGAGAACAAACAUAAUAUCAACCCAUAUGCUUAUCUGCCAUUUGGAAUGGGACCAAGGAACUGUUUGGGGAAGAGAUUUGCUCUGGUGAUGAUUAAACUGGCCUUGGUUAAGGUACUGCAGACUUAUAGCUUUCUGGUCUGUGAGGAGACUGAGAUCCCUCUGAAGAUGCACCCUGAGGGCCUUGUGGGACCCCUGAAACCAAUCAAACUAAAGCUCAAGAAACGCACUGUUGUCUCAGAUGUGGAGAACUAAAGACAACACCCUGUCUAAUUUUACAUCACUCAAGGCUGAGAAUAUUUGUGAAUAUUGUUGUAGUGUGACUCGACAAUUGACUGACAAUAAUUCGGAAUACAAUAUGAAUGGACAUGUUGACUGAAGCGGGAGGAAAUCUGAGAAAGUGUUUAGAUUAUGAAGCAAAGUUGACGGAUGUGUGUGUACACAGUCUUGCUAAUACUUCUAUUAGUGAUAGCAAUGGUUUUCUUAUGCCACUGUUCUACAGUCCAGUUUGGAAAUAUAAGCUGCUGGCAAAAGGGGCAUAACAAUGUUUGCGUCUGAUGAUCACGCCUGGCAACAAACUUCUGUUCAAGCUUAAAAAGGACUAAGUAAACACUAUUAAGACAUUCACUUGGCAAAUAUUAUUUUAUUUGAAAAGUAAUGCUUUCCUAUUCAUAGUCCGUGAUUAGUCCCCUAUAUACCAACGACCACUUUGGCAUGAUUUUUGUUUACUCAAAUUCUUUUAAAAUGUAAACCAAAUAUUUUUGGUGGUUUUGUUAAAAGUGCUAAAAAGGCUAUACUGUAAAACACAUAGCAAAAUUUGUAUGUUACUGCAAAUAAGGUACGGUAUUUGGUAUAGCUAAUAAUUUGACUUCUCAACACUAAGGUGGUAUGGAGACUGAUGGCCAGUCCUGAAGGCCAGAACACACCUGUAGGAUACAUCUUUUUAAUCUCCGAUCCCAUUUUCUUCCCAUGUCACACUGACUGCAUAUAGAGGAAACAACUAGGCAGGGUGG